GAUGAACUCAGACGCUGUGACCCGAGGCCUGCUCUUUCUGUCUCUGACCGCGGCUGGAGUUCCAGGCAAUGCCGUGGUCAUCUGCGCCUUCAUCUCGGCGGCGUUUCACGAGGGCCGGCUCUCGCCCGCAGACGCCAUCGUGCUGCACCUGGCCUCCUCAAACCUGAUGGUGGUGGGCGUCCGCUGCCUGCUGGAGGUCCUGGCCACCUUCGACAUCUACAACGUGUUCGACGACAGCGGCUGCAGGGCCGUCAUCUUCAUCUACCGCACAUCCAGGUCUCUGUCGAUCUGGCUGACGUUCGUGCUGAGUGUGUAUCAGUGUCUGAGCGUGGCUCCGCCCGGCUCUCGUUGGGCCUCCGCCCGAGUCCUGCUCGCCCAGAACCUGCCGCUCGUCUUUCUGUGCCUGUGGCUGAUCAACACCUCCAUGAGCGUGGCGCCGCUGCUGUUUGCCGUCGGGGCCCGGAGCGACUCCAAACUCCUGCAGAACGGCAUCAACGUGGAGUUCUGCUUCCUGAGCUUCCCGUCCAGGCUGUCCCGGGACGCUAACGGCGCGGCGCAGGUGGGGCGAGACGUGGUGCCCAUGGCCCUGAUGGCGGCGGCCAGCCUGGUGCUGCUGGUGUUCCUGCUCCGCCACAGCCGGCGGGCGAAGGGUCUGCGGGGUCAGGGGGCCAGACGGGGCCCCUCCGCAGAGCGCCGUGCCGCUCUCACCGUGGUCACGCUCGUCACGCUCUACCUGUUGUUCUACGGAGUGGACAACGGCCUGUGGGUUUAUACGCUGAGCGUGCCGCAGACGCUGAGCUCCUCGCUGGUCUCAGAUCUCCGGAUCUUCUUCUCAUCUCUGUACGCCGCCGUCAGUCCCCUCGUCAUCAUCGUCUCCAACAAGAAAGUCAGCAAACAGCUGAACUGCGGGAAACAGCCAAAGACGAUCUCGGACACGGAGCAGCCCGGCGACUGACGCUGCUAUUUGGGAAAGAUUUUAGGACUCCUUUUGUGUAAGCUGUCUUUAAACUUUCCUGGGUUCCUGCGACUUUUUACUUAUUAUGCAUCUUCUGAAUGAGUGGAAACUCUCGAUCAAAAACAAUCUUGUAUGGAUGCAAAUGUGUAAGGACAGUAAUGUUCGUAUGUGACGUCGAUCAGGGACUGUGCGAGCUUUAUGAGUUCUGAUGGAAGCCAUCUGAUGCAUCUUUGCUUUAAUAAUAUCACUGAAGAGGAUGCAGAUGUAGUGUCUGAUCAAGUUGUAGAAGUAGUACUAUGUUCAAAAUGUUUUUUUUUAAUUUUUAUACAAACCUACCUAUAUUUAUUGCAUAUCCAUAUAUUCACAAAACAAAAAAAAAUUUUUUUGUGAAAAUAAUAAAACAUUACUAGCAACUCUUUCAAAAAAGUAAGUGGAUGGGUGGAUUUUACUGAGGAUGGGUUUGUGUUUCUCCCAC